AUGAAUGAUGGUGAUAUUAAAAAGCUUAUUAGUGUAUUAGAGAAAGGCGAAAAGAUAUCAGAAGAAGAUGCUGUUGUUCUUCUUACAAUGAUUAUGCAAGAAUUAUAUAGUGAAUCAAAUGUUUUAUUAUUAGAUUCGCCUAUCGUUAUAGUAGGCGAUAUUCACGGCCAAUUAGAUGAUAUGCUAUACAUGUUUGAAGUUGCUGGUGAUAAUCCUGAGCAAAAAUACCUGUUCAUGGGAGAUUUUGUAGAUAGAGGGUAUCAUUCAUUAAAUACAUUUUUACUUCUCGUUGCCAGAAAGUUAUUAUAUAAAGGAAAGUACUUCUUGCUUCGUGGUAAUCAUGAAUCACGUCAAGUUUCUCAAAUGUAUGGUUUUUAUAAUGAAUGCUUGAUGCUUUACGGUAAUGCAGGAAUAUGGACUCUUUGCAAUGAUGUAUUCGACCUAUUGCCAAUGGCUGCAAUUAUUGAUAACGAAAUAUUUAGUGUUCAUGGUGGGUUAUCACCUGAACUUCCACUUAUAGAACAAAUAAAUUCAAUGAAUAGACAGAACGAACUCGGAUCUACAGGUCCUCUUGGAGAUCUUUGUUGGAGUGAUCCAGAUACGAUACAAUUCUGGAGACAAAAUCAGCGCGGUGCUGGGUAUAUAUUCGGCGAAGACCAGACGAAAGAAUUUUUACAUACAAAUGGACUUAGUUUAAUUACAAGGUCUCAUCAAUUAGUUAUGGAAGGCUGUAAAUGGUAUUUUGACAACCAACUCAUUGCUAUUUGGUCAGCUCCUAACUACGGUUAUAGAUCAGGAAACAUAGCCUCUGUAAUGAAAUAUGGCUUUGAUCCUGCCGAAAUGAGGAAGCUCAUCUUCUUCGAUCCAGCAAAGAACAGAAUCGCCCCUACUGAAGAAAAUAAGGUAUCCAACUAUUUUGCUUGA